AUGGAUAACUACCCCGCAGAGCAAGAUGAGAUCGUCUCUCAGCUUGCUUAUUUACUUAUCUUUGAACGUCUACUGCAGGCAAUCGAAUACCUUUCUGCGAAUCAUGGCGAUAUUGAAGCCGCCGUGACCGAAUUCUUUGCCGAGCAGGACGAAGCCUUGCAGGAUGCUAACCCUGGUGGUGGACAACGCCUUGGAACUGAAGAAUCAUCUGCUGGAGCUGCAGCCGGACGAACCCUUGGUGGUAGCGGUAUGCCUGCAUCUACCGGUUCCGGAUCAGCAUCCACCUCGAAGCGAGCGGCCCCAAAAAAGAGAUUUGCAACACUGGGCGACUUCGCAUCACAAGGCGCGGAUGAUUCUUCGGAGGAGGAUGGCUCAGUGGACCAAGAUUUCUUCGCCGGUGGCGAGAAGUCUGGAUUGGCCGUACAGAACCCGGAUGACUUGAAGAAAAAGAUUCUCGAAAAGGCUCGAAGAGCUCAACCCCCUCCGGCAGAAGAAUCCCAGCCCCGUCCGUCACACUUCACCGGAACGGCGCGUACCCUUGGCGGUGAUGAGGCCCCCAGCCGUGUUAUCGAAGAUCCCUCCGGGCCAGCUCCUCAGCGACCGCAGCGCGUGCAGCGCACUCUCCAUUUCUGGAGCGAUGGAUUCUCAGUGGAUGACGGAGAGCUUUACCGAUCAGACGAUCCACGGAAUGCGGAGAUUCUAGAGGGCAUUCGCCAAGGCCGUGCGCCUCUUGCGAUCAUGAAUGUUCAAGCAGGGCAAGAAGUUGACGUGGAACUCAAGCAGCAUGAAGAGAAAUAUGUCAAGCCAAAGCCCAAAUACAAGCCUUUUUCAGGUGUUGGUCAACGGCUUGGAAGCCCCACUCCUGGGGUUCCAAGCCAAGCCUCCACGCCUUCAUCUACCACCCCUGCUAACUCGUCUGAGUCUGCUGCACCACCGCAGCCUCCUAUUGACGAGUCGCAACCAACCGUCACACUCCAGAUCCGGCUUUGUGAUGGGACUCGUCUGACUUCUCGCUUCAAUACCACUGCCACGAUUGGCGAUGUUCAGGAACUUAAUGACCGGGACGUGACACUUGGCGACCUUCCGGACUUCAAGCGUGGAGGUGUUGUCGUUCAGAAGUGGAAAUAA